GUUUCCACCAUCAUGCUUGGCCGAUUCGGCCACCACUGGCGAGUACCCUACGUGCUGACAUCAUGCUGCCGCUUCUUCGCAACAACUCAAUCCUUUGAAGAUAUACUCGCCGUAGCGAAGGUCGUGCAUGCGAAGUCCAAAAAUCGAUUCACCUCGCUUCCGUCGAGGUUUGUCGUACCUGACAAUGAUGAUUUUCCAGCCCACCUCCGAGGGAAAAGUCUCGCUGUCUCAGAAUUGCGACGGCAAUACAAAAAUCGCAACGUGCCACAAGCUCUCGUCCGUCAGUUUAAUGCGCUAUCAUUCGUGUGGAAUGUCAACGCCCACAAGAGUGCGCUUCGACUGCAAGCGUUGACCACAUACAAGAAUUUGCAUGGCCAUUUGAACGUCCCUCGCAAUUUCACAGUUCCUCGCGACGACAAGCAAUGGCCCACGGACACGUGGGGGCUUUCUCUCGGUGCUGCCGUCCACAACAUGCGGACCGGUCAUCUCCUGCUGCAUCCCGGCCACGAAGCGGCGUUCCUUGCGUUAGGGUUCACGUGGGACGUCAAGAACACGCAGUGGGAAUCCAACCUUGAAGCUCUCAAGCAUUUCAUCCGACUGCAUGAACACUCCCACGUUCCAUAUCGCUUUGUCGUGCCCGAUGACGAUCCCGAGUGGCCUAUUCACAUGCACGGGCUACCGCUUGGACGCGUCAUGGCGUCCUGGCGGCAUAUCGGCGCGGACGAUAUGCCUCCGGACCGCCGCGCCGCGCUGGAUGCAUUGGAUUUCGUGUGGAACGCAUGGGACCAUCAAUGGGCGCGGAACUUGGACGCGUUGACGGCGUACGUGAAGCAGCAUGGUGAUGCCCUUGUGCCCAAGCGGUUCGUCAUUCCUGACCAAGACCCAUCAUAUCCCGAGCACACGUGGGGCCUGGCGCUGGGUUCUGUUGUCCAUUCGACCCGCAACCGCAUGGACGACCUACCAAGGUCUCACCACGAUGCCCUGGACCACGUCGGGAUGAUCUGGGACCCGUUAGACCAUCAAUGGAACCAAGUCGUAGUGGCCCUUCGCACCCACGAGAAACUAUUCGGCCAUCUGCGCAUCGCUACCAAAUUCAAAGUACCGUUGAACGACCCCAAGUGGCCGACAGAGACAUGGGGCCUGCACCUUGGAAGCCUCGCGACACAAAUUCGACACCGCGCAGACGCGAUGGCCAUGUCCCAAGCCGACGUUCUCGCGAUGAUCGUUCGUCAGGACGAGCAAGACGAGCUGGAGGAUGCGAUGACUGAACCCACAGCGGUGCCGUUACCGUGAACAACAUGCCAUUGCAAGAUUUUGUAGGAAUCGCAUGUAUCGAACACCUUAGAAUGGAAGCGUCGCCGACGCUUGUUCGUACACUCCGAAAAAGACAAAUCCGCCGAUAGUAAUCCACGUAGUUCGAGGCUUGACGCCCGAAAACAACGUCUGCCAUCCUUCC